UCAGUGUGAUGAAGCAUCAUUCAUGCCAAAUUGAAAAAUAAAAUGCAAUUGAUGAUUUGACAUUUCAUUUUCAAUACAAUCUCGAGUGUUUGUAUGUUAGAUACUGCAUGAGAACAUGGAAGGACUCACAAUUACUAUUAAAUUGCUCGUGCAUGGAAAAGAAGUGGGCUGCAUCAUUGGGAAGAAUGGUGAAACCAUGCAGAAGCUCCGUAAGGAGAGCGGUGCUCUUAUUAAUAUUUCUUUAGGCUGCCCGGAGCGCAUCGUGAUUAGUGGUCGAAACGACUCGGUCUUUGAAGCUGUGGCAAUAAUUAUUGAUCAGAUUGAGAAUGUAAUUGUACGGGUCAUGCAAAUGAGUGCGUCAAAAGGGACGCCCCCUGUCACGUUGCGGCUAGUGGUGCCAUCCACCCAGUGUGGCUUCAUUAUUGGCAAGGGCGGUUGUAAGCUCAAAGAGAUCAUGAAGGAAAUCAUCUGGGCUCACAUAAAGGUGGAUGUUGAUAUGCUGCCCAACUCUAAAGAGAGAGCCGUUAAUAUCGCUGGGACUCCAGAGGCCAUCAACAUGUGUGUCCAUAAGAUUUGUGUGGUCAUGUUGGAGGUACAUGAUAGUUCUCUAGGAAGUUUCUUGGUGUUUUCAGACUUUUGUAACUCCAGUUACAAAAGUUAUUAAAUUAUAAUUCUUUUUCAUACUGAAGCCCUAAAUAUAGUUAUUUAAUGGUCAAUGAAUCAGCUAAUGAGAAGAGAGUUGCGUUCGACCAAUGAUGUGUCUGAAUUCUGUUUGGCGCAUCGCUUGCUUCCGGGUUCCUCUCACACACGUGAGAGUCGGGUAGUCUGCACGUGCGACAGAAAGAGAGCAGAUGUAGAUGAGGGAUUCCAGAGAAAUUUGAGGAAUAAGUUACUUGAAUACUGAGCUUUUACUCAAUAUUGAGAGAAAUGGAGACUAAAACCCUCUUCAGAGUAACGGUUGAACGAUUUGAAAUUGACUUUUGUUUUUGUUGCCUAUGGACUUGGUCUUCAUUCCUCCUGUGCCUGUGGGGUUGUUGGUUUACACACGAUAUGGGAAGCCAAAUUAUCUUUUAAUGUAGCCAGCACAUUACUCAUUGUAAUUAUAUUUUUACUAAUAAGAAUGAAAUUAAAGAGCUCUACAAUUGAAUUUUUAGUAACAAUUGAAUUACAGAGCUCUGCAAUUACACAUAUCUUUAAUGUGUAUUUUUACUAGUAAUAAAUCAAUUAAAGGCCAACAAGACGGAACCGCGCCAUCCCCGUACCAACCCAAGUCCUUUCAGUUUUAGGAUUUUUUGCAACCGGGACAUACCAGCAGUAAAUAGGCGACAAGUAACUAACUGUACUUUUUGUAAGGCAAACCUUAUUGAUUUUGACAUUCCUAUUCAUUUGUCAUAGGUCUGGGAUUUUACAGCCAUCCCUACUGCCAUAAUUCCUUACACUGUCGGAGAACAGGCCAAUAUUAAAAGGCAAUUUGCAGCAAUGUCCGGUUUCCCCAAUGUAAUCGGUGCAAUUGACUGCACUCAUAUUGCUACAAGGGCUCCAUAUGUAGAUGAAUUCAUUUGUGAAUCGCAAACAUGUGCAUUCAAUAAAUGUGCAAAUUAUAUAUAAUGUCGCGGCACGAUGGCCUGGUUCUACACAUGAUUCUCUUA